AUGGCGUUGCUUUUUCGGCCACGAGGACUGCAGCAACAGCUCAUCAGCGCAGUCCGUUGCCAGCGAUUCACACCAGCGACAGCAACGUGCCUGACUGGAACAUCACCAUCGUCCGGCCCAGAAAACAGCAAUUUAGUCUCAUAUGGGUCCUGUCUCCUAUGCCAGUUUCGACUCGCAAGCACGAGUGCCCGCGGUCGACAAUCACAAGCACUGCAGAAUAACCAAUCUCUACGGGCUCAACGCCAGUGCCGACUCGCCAGCACGAAAGCCAGCGCAUCACAACUGACACCAGAAUCUAUCAGCAACAGCACCCUAGUCUCCAGGGCCCCCGAUAUAACCGACCACUACACGAUAUUCCCAAAUACACUCCCCUCGGGUCCCCCACCGCACUCGCCCUUCGAGAUCCCGGUGACCCAGCUCCGUCGCGAAUUCCUGCAGCUUCAAAACCUGGUCCACCCGGACAAGUAUCCGGCAGGGGCAGCCAAGCAGCACGCGGAGGCCCUCUCGGCGCGCAUCAAUGAAGCCUACCGCACACUCACUGACCCGUUGACCCGCGCGCAAUAUCUGCUACGGGAGUAUCAUGGGGUCGAUGUAACGGCGGAAGAUGGCGCGGCGAAACACGCACUUGAUCCGGAGACGCUAUUAGAGGUGAUGGAGGUGCAGGAGACAAUUGAGGAAGUAGCGAAUUCUCCGGGGGCGGAAGAAUCCAUUGCACAGCUGAAGCGGGAGAACGACAGUAGGAUUGCGGAAUGCGUGAGAGCGCUGGGGGAGGCGUUUGACCGAGGGGACAUUGAGGGCGCCAGGAAAGAAACGGUCAGGCUACGGUUUUGGUAUAGUGUUGGCCAAGGAUUGAAGGAGUGGGAGCCGGGUAUGGCAGAGAUCAGGCUUGUCCAUUGA